AUAAUGCUAUCAAAAUAGCAGUAAUAAUUAUAGGAGAUAGUAUCACAGAGCAUAUUGAAAACGUAAGUUUAAAUGAUAAUUAGAUCUACAACAAAAGCAACUUAGAAAUUAAGUUAAUCUUUUAAUCCUAAUGGAUUGAUAGGUUAAUCUUUAAGUCCAACCCAAAAAGCAAAUUAAAGUAUGGGAUUAAAAAAAGGGAACAAUUUAAAAUAGUAUCAAUAAGAGUUGCUCAAAUUGAUGACAAGCCAUAAGCAAUUAUAAUCUGGUACUAAAAAGGCAAAUAUGUCUGAUAUGAUGAGUUAAUAAAAAGAAUCUAAACGUCUUUCAUCAGGUAUAAGUUAACCUUAAAAAUCAUAAACAUCUAACAAAAUAAGCUUUGUAAAUCCAGCAAAUUAGAUAAUAAUAAUUGUAAAUCAUGAAAAUCAACAAAUAAAAUUCAAUAUAGAUCCUCAAAAAUCAACAGGAUGGCUGGAAGAAUAUUUGAAAUAAGAAGUAAAAAAACAUUCUAUACAUCAAUAUUCAUCAACUGGAUCUUAGCCUGAUGAAAGAAAAGUUACUUGUGGAACAGGUAAUGAGUCAUCAGAUUUGGAAAUUGUAUCGUUUCACACUGUUGAUAAAAAUUUACCAAUAGAUUAUUAUUUGUAAUAAGCAAAUAAAAGUUUAGAAAUUUUUAGUGGGUAAACAUUAAAUCUUUAACCAUUUUAUGGAACUCCUUAGUAAAGUAAGAUAACUCUGAAAGAUUUUAUAUUUGUAAAAUGUAUAGGAGUUGGAGGAUUUUCAAGAGUUUAUAUGGUAAAGAAAAAAUCGAAUGGAAGAUUUUAUGCAAUGAAAUUAAUUGAUAAAGAAUUUAUAAUGAAGCAUAAAAAAUAAGGUAGUAAUUUAAAUUAAUUAUUUAUUAGGUAUUGUUUAAAAUGAACGUGACAUAAUGACAGUGCUCGAUCAUCCUUUCAUAAUUAAAUUAGAGCAUGCAUUUGAAUCAAAGAAUUUUAUUGUUUUUGUAUUAGAAUUUUGUAGUGGUGGAGAAUUGUUUUGGUAAUUAAGAUAAGUGAAAAGAAUGACUGAGGAACAAGCUCGUUUUUAUUUUACUGAGAUUUGUUUAGCUAUGUUUUAUUUACAUUCAUUGUCAGUUGUUUAUAGAGAUAUAAAACCAGAGAAUAUUUUAAUAGAUAUUGAUGGACAUAUAAGAAUAGCAGACUUUGGUUUAUCUAAACCAAAUAUGACUGAAGAAGAUUAUGCCUAUAGUUUUUGUGGAUCUCCAGAAUAUAUGGCUCCUGAAAUGUUAUUAAAAGUUGGACAUAAUGUAUAAGUUGAUCAUUAUUGUAUGGGGGCUUUACUUUUUGAAUUAGUAACAGGAUUACCUCCGUAUUAUUCAAGAGAUACAGAUGAAAUUUAUGAAUCAAUACUUAAUGAAGAAUUAACAUUCCCAGAAAAACUAAAUUUAUCACCAGAGAUAAAAGUACAAUUUAAUUAUUAUUAUAGGAUUUGUUAUAAGGAUUAUUGUGUAAAUAACCAUCUGAAAGAUUAGGUGCAAAUAAAGGAUUGACUGAAUUAUUAACCCAUGCUUGGUUUAAAGAUGUUGAUUUAGUUGCUAUUUUAUAAAAAUAGAUUCCACCACCAUUCAAACCUAACUAAUUGAAAUUUAAUUAUGAUUCGAACGAUUUAAUGAAAGGUGAAUUAGAAACAAGAGAAAAACUUUUAGGAAAAGCUGGUCUAUAAUAAGAAAUAAGAAUAUUUAAGGCAUUCUAUUUUGAUUGUUAUGAACAAAAAUAAAUGAAAACUGAAUAAGCUAAAAUUCUAUAAUAACAUUUUAUGAUGGUUACUUAAUAAUAAUUAGCUUUGAAUUAGAAAUUUAAACCUUAAAGAAAAAGCACUGAACCAAAAGAACAUUAAUCCAAACCGGCAUCUCCAUAAACUAGAAAUCAAAAAUAAUAAAAAUUCACUUAAGAAUAAUUUUAAUCUCUGUAAAAAAGGAUUAAGUCAUAGUAAAUUUUUACAUAAUAUGAUAGAUAAUCAUCUAUGAGUAAUGUAUAAUAAAUAAGUACUAUUCCAAGUCCUGCUUAAUCUAAGAUAUAAGGUUUAAAUAGAAUCAUUUCUUAAAAUAAUUUUUUUGCUGAUAGAUAGAAUACAUUGCCAGCUGGAUAAAAAGAUGGGAAUAUAGAUUACCAUUAAUUAUUAUCAAAUGUUUCAACAGAAUAAAUUUUACAUAAAAGAGUAUCAUCUUUAAAAUAAAGAAAAAAAUGA